UUUUUUUGGAUAAAUUAAGUAGACCUUUUGUUCGUAUCUUACUAACAAAAGCAAAACAGCGAAACUUUGAUUUCAUCAAUGGCUUCCUCUCUGAUUUUAAAUACCAUGUCUUUUAAUUUAUCCAUUUCUCGUUCAAAUCCGCCGUCCUCCACUCCACUCAUUCACGGCUCAGUCCGACUCCCCCGAUUCAACAAGGUUGGGAAAGCCUUGAAACUCAGUUCCACCCAGAGCAUUUCUGGGUUCCCUUCAUUUGCUCCCCAGAAGCUUUGCAGUUCUACCCCGGCACCCCAAAGACUUCAAUCUCUCACUGUCUUUGCUGCUAGAGGCUACAAAAUGAAAACCCACAAGGCGUCUGCAAAGCGGUUCCGGGUGACUGGAAGAGGGAAAAUAGUUAGGAGAAGAGCUGGGAAGCAGCAUUUGUUGGCUAAGAAGAACACAAAGCGUAAAUUGCGCCUCUCCAAAAUGCAUGAAGUUAGCCGGAGUGACUACGACAAUGUGAUCGGUGCCUUGCCGUAUCUCAAAGUGAACAGAAAUACCAAGUGAAAGGUGACCUCAACAUGUGAGGACUCAUUUUGUUUUCUACCGAUUCUCUCGAUACCAUGUUGGAGAAAGUAUGUUGAUUCUGUUUAGCUUUUAAUCUCUGAUACGGUUUUCGGCCAUUGAUCGUUCCCAAGUUGAAAUGUAUUCUUUUUCGGAUCGUGUUAAGCACCUAUUCGAUUUCACUUUA